AUGGCUGAGAAACUCACGUCUCGACUGCGCAACAUCCACUUCACAGCCCUAUGUCGACAGGAUAUCGGCUUCUUCGACGAGAAGAAGAACGCGACUGGAGCUUUGACAGCUGAUCUGUCCACUAAUGCGACAAAAGUCGCUCUCAUCUCGGGAGACUCUCAAGGCCGCGUCGUUCAAGUUCUUUUCACGUUUGCAGCCGCUCUUGUGGUCUCCUUUGCCUUUGGAAGCUGGUUACUGACCCUGGUAAUGAUGAUGGUGUUCUCGUUCCUCAUUAUGGGCCAAGCAGCUCGUGGGAAGCACAUGAAGACUGCUGGAGGGUUGUCGGACGAACUAUCCGGUGUCGGUGCUCAAGCUUCCGAGGCGCUUAGUAACAUCCGUACCGUGGCUGCACUGGGCUUGGAGACGUCUCUUACCGGUAAACUGUCGGAUUUACUUCAAGAACCUUUGACUCGUGGUCGUAGAGAAGCUCACAUCAACGGACUAGCACUCGGGUUUGGAUCCUUCGUUCUCUUCGCAGCUUAUGCUCUGGCAUUUUGGUACGGUGGGAAACUGGUGGACGACGGAGAUAUCACGUUCAAGGAGCUGAUGAGAACCCUUAUGGCCGUUAUGAUGUCUGCUCAAGGCAUUGGGAUGGCGUCAACAUUCGUCGCAGACUCGGAUCAUGCGUUGAAAGCUGGCAGUGCGAUUGUGAGCCUCCGCGAUCGAGAGCCUCCCAUUGAUUCUUUCGAUGAAAAGGGCCUUCGACCUGCUCAACUCGAGGGGAGAAUCGAGUUCAAGAAUGUCUCGUUCAGAUACCCAGCGAGACCUGUAGUCACUGUACUACGCGACUAUAACCUCACUAUUGAAGCCGGACAGACGGUCGCUUUCUGUGGACCAAGUGGAGGAGGUAAGAGCACUUGCGUCUCGCUUAUUGAGAGGUUCUACGACCCCGUUCAAGGCCAAGUAUUGCUCGACGGGGUUGACACGAAGGAGCUCAACCUCAACUGGCUACGUAGUCAGAUUGGGCUCGUCGGACAGGAACCCACGCUCUUUAUCGGCUCCAUCGCGGAGAACAUCGCGUACGGACUCACGGAUACACCCACUCAGCUGGAGAUCGAGGACGCGGCCAAGAUGGCCAAUGCGCAUGGAUUCAUCACCAAAUUCCCGGAUGGCUACAGCACUCAAGUGGGCAUGAAGGGAGAACAGCUCUCUGGGGGUCAGAAGCAACGUAUCGCCAUUGCACGAGCCAUCUUGAAGAACCCGAACAUUUUACUGCUGGAUGAAGCCACGAGUGCACUGGACUCGGAGAGUGAGAAGGUGGUGCAGGAGGCGCUGGACAAGGUGGUGGCACUGAAGCGACGUACGACGAUCAUCAUCGCUCACCGGUUGUCGACGAUCCGCAAGGCAGACAAGAUCUGUGUGGUGAGCGGUGGGAAGAUUGCCGAGCAGGGCACUCACCAAGAACUAAUCCAGUUGAAGGACAUCUACGCGAAACUUGUUGCUAAGGCAACAGUGUAG